AUGGAGAUUUUUGAUCUCACUCAGGAUGACUCCAAUGAGGAGCAGCAGGGACUCGAGUCAGAUGAUGAGGACUCGAAGCUGACCAUUUUUGCAGUGUCUGAGAUUGCCGAGACUUUUGAGGCAACGAAUGACGAGGAGAUCUUCUAUGACUGUUGUGAUGGUUUGGAAGAUGAGCCCAGGACUCCAUCGAUGGAAGAGACAGAUGCCCAGAGCUCAGGAAGCAUAGAUGGUGAACAUGCAAAGACGGCAGAUGAACCGAUGAAGAUUUGCAUGAUCAAGAAUGUCGUGGCCUUGGAAGUUCCCUCCGUCAUCAUGACGAUUGACUCCGGGGCAGAUGUGUCAGUGGCCCCUGAGCGUUUCUACAACUUGGGAGUGCCAGGUGCAGGCAAGCCCAUCGAGAUGAUCGACGCUCAAGGAGCCAAGAUUUGUAGCAAGGGAAAUCGCCGGCUACGACUACAGGCACAGACCCGAGAUGGUGAUGUGAUUGAAUUCAUUGAGCAGUUUGCAUUGGGCGUUGGUGUGACCCAUCCACUUUUGAGCGUUGGACGUCUUCUGAAACAAGGAUGGGGACUUUCCAAAGAUGAUCAUGGUCUUUUUCUAGAACACCCAGAGAAGACCGUGAAGAUUCCUGCACGGUUGGAACGGAAUUCACUCGUCAUGGACGUGAAGAUUUGCGCAGUUCGAGCUGAAGGUGAUGAACCAGAUGAACUACAAGUCAUGGCAGUGAGUGGAGAACGAGGAGUUGCAGUUGAGGCUGGAGUGGACACACAGCCAGCAGACGAAGUGCCUAUAGCAGCAUCAGGUGAUGCCGCCGCAGCAGCAUGUGACAAAGGUGACAAGGAUGAUGAUGAUGAUGAUGUGACAGUGGAGUUGAUGCAACAACUCUCAGAAGAAGGUGAUCCUGGUCGAGGUGGAGUUUGUGGACGGUCACCUGGCUACACGACAGAAGAGUCAGGUGAAGUGGAAGUGAAGGGUAGCAGCAGCGAGGACGGCCGAGUGAAAGAAAGGUUGGCUCGUUGGGAAAAGUGGCAUGGCAAGCUUAAGGAGGUGAAGAAGGGGCCAGUUGAAUUGUCAAGCCCCGAGGAGCAGGUCCGACCAGUUCGUGGAGCACCCCGGCAGUUGCAUGGCUACAUAUCACGUGAACUGGGAUUGUUGGAGGGGAUUCCAGGCUGGCAUGCAUUACCCAACGGGAUUGUCGUUCAUUCGAAGCCAAUGGCCUCACACUUCCAUGAUCCGAGUUCAAGUUUUGGAGACGAAUGGUGUGGCCGAUUGACACUGGCCAAGAUGACAGAUGGAAGUGACCAAUGGGAGCAGUUGGAAAACUUGGCCAACUACAAGGACACCCCGUUGCCGUUUCGGCCGGUGCCUCACGGGCCAAGGACGACUUUGACUUUCGUGGCUCCAGGUCUGAUCAAAGACCGUUUCGUUGUCAGUUCGGAGGUUCCCGUCAGCCAGUAUCCACUUCUCAAUGGAGAGCCAGCAUCAUGGCCUGAAGAUGAUCAAGAAGACCAAGAAGGUGGUGAGGCGCCAUGGCUGGCAGCUGGAGGUGGAGAAAGACCCGAGAUUGCGGAGGAUGUUCACUUCGUUGACCCUGAUGAGCUCGAGGUCAGCAUCGAUGAACUGACGUUCAACAAGGACAACAAGCUGAAAGAUCUCCAAGACAUGUGUCGGAAGCUUGGAUUGCCCACUUCAGGAUCAAAGGUGAAGGUACUGAAGAGAUUGAAGCAGUACAAACACCACGAAGAGGAGAAGAUUGCCUACGAGAUUGCACAGCAGCGCCAAGCUGAAGCAGUUGAGGAUGCUGAAGGAAAUGAGAUGAUCGAGCAUGAGGCCAAGACUGUUGGUGAAGAAGUGGCAUUGGGCAUGUAUCAGUACUUGGUCAAGGGACGCCAGGAGGUUUUGGACAUGCUGGCAGAAGAGAUUUUGCAGUCAGCGCUGAAUGAUGUGAGUGAAGAUGAGGAAGGUGAUGGCCACGCAAAGGAUCGACCUCCAGAAGUGUCGGAUGAGGAGCUAGCAGCCUUAGAUGAUGAAGCUUGCCGCCAUGAAGAACACCGUCUAGAGCAGAUGGGUGUGCUGGAGAAGAUGAAGGACGGUGAGCCAGAUGAAGAAGGGAUGUUGCUACGUCUACAAAUGCAGACAGGCUUAGCUCUCUACACGCUGGACGUGAAAGAUGCCUUUUUGCUCAUGGACCAACCAGCUGAUGAGAAGGCCAUGAUUGUGACCAAUAACGGCCAAUACAAGUUGAAGAAGAAUUUGCCUGGGCAGAGAAACGCAGCUGCACAGUGGUUCAAGGGAUUCUGCGCAGUGGCCAGGGACUAUGGUAUGGUGCAGGACGUCAUGCAGCCGACCAUGAUGAAGAAAGACAAGAAAACCAAGGAUGAGGACAACGGUCGACUUUUCCUCACCAUCCACGUCGAUGAUUUGCUGUUGAUUGGUGAUGAAGAAGAAGUUGAGCGCUUCAUCAGCUACAUGGAACAGAAGUCCUGGAAAGUGGAGAAACGUGGUCCAUUGUAUCAGGGAAACUUCAGCUACCUCAAGCGCAACAUGGAAAUGAUAGAGAAUGGCAUCGUGAUUCGCCCAGACAAAGAGCACAUCAAAGCAUUGGCCAAGGUGACCAACGUGGAAAAUCGAAAGUUCCGGACCACUCCGGGAGAUGGCAACUUCACGAAGUUGAGCAAGGAUGAUGAGCCAAUGGGACUUGCAAACUUGAUGCAGCAGCCAACUAAGAAGGCAUGGAGGGCAAUGCAACAUGUGAGUUCCUAUUUGUUGGGGACCAUCGCCGAAAGCAUUUUGCUGGAGCAUGGUCCCAAAGGAAGAAGUGUCCUGAAUGUCAAUGAGGACAUGCGUGAAUGGGAAGAUGACUCCAAGGCCAAUUUGCUCGAGGUGAUCUGCGACGCUGACUACGCAGGACAACAGGCCACAAGGAAGUCAGUGAGCUCAGUUCAACUGUACUUGAAUGGAGGAUUGAUGGAAUCCUAUGUCAGAUGUCAAAGAUGCAUAGCACUUUCUUCCGGAGAGACGUUGGCAGGUCGGAUUGGAGUCGGACGAACUCGUCACAUUGCAGCCGGACUUUUGUGGUCGCAGGAGAAGACAAAUGCCAAGGAGUUGAGGAUCACCGGAGUGCCUACGUCCAUCAACGUGAGUGACAUUGGCACGAAGAUCUUGAGCAAAGCCCGCGUGAAAGGUUUGAAGUUCCUCAUCAAGAGGGUAGAUGGGGACAAUGAGAAAAUUGGCAAGCAAGAGUUUGAGGAAAUCCACGCCAAAGAAGAGCUGAAGAAGAACACGGGCAAGCUGGCAAAGGCAGUUGGUGGAAAUGCAAGGAUCGCAUUGGUCCUAGCUUUUACGAUGCUGCAAAAGUGGCAAGGCAUCAGAGAUGCAUGA